AGAAAAGGAAGGAGAUAGAUAGAUAGAAAGAGAGAGAGGGAGAGGGAGGGGAACCCGGUCUCACAGCAACAGGUCACGGCACUGGGAGAGCAGAUAGGAAGGUUGUUGUGGAGGUGAACGAUAUUCAAGUUUGUUUGCGGUACUUGAAACAGUACAGUACUAAUACGACAAUGGGGAAUACUGCCAGUGACCGCUUGGGAGCAGAUCGCCAUGGAAGUCAUAAAUCACACCGUUCCGAAAGUGUAGCAAACUCGCAAUCAUCUAAAGAGAAUGAACAGCCUAAAAUCUUGGUGGACAGCACGGAUGAUCCCAACAUAUUUCACAUGCAAGAGUCAAAGCCUGACACGGAUGAGAGUGUAAAAUCAUCAAAGCAAGCUCGUCCCACUGUUAUCCGCUGGACAGGUGGAGGAAAAGAAGUUUCCAUAUCUGGAUCCUUCAAUAAUUGGCAUAACAAGAUUCCACUUAUUAAAAGUCAUAAUGACUUUGUGGCUAUCCUGGAUCUGCCAGAGGGAGAACAUCAGUACAAGUUCUUUGUAGACGGGCAGUGGGCACAUGAUGUAUCAGAGCCAGUGACUACCAGCCAGCUUGGGACAAUCAACAAUGUCAUUCAAGUAAAGAAAUCUGACUUUGAAGUGUUUGAUGCCCUUAAGUUGGACUCGCUGGAGUGUUCAGAUACAUCAGACUUAUCGAGCUCCCCUCCAGGACUGUACCAUCAGGAGUUGUAUGUGUUGAGACCUGAAGAGCGUUUCAAAGCACCUCCCAUUUUACCUCCUCAUCUGCUCCAGGUCAUCCUCAAUAAGGACACACACAUUUCAUGUGAUCCGGCCUUGUUACCUGAACCCAACCAUGUAAUGCUAAACCAUCUAUACGCACUCUCCAUAAAGGAUGGUGUGAUGGUUCUUAGUGCCACCCAUCGUUACAAGAGGAAAUAUGUCACUACAUUACUCUACAAGCCAAUCUGAUCUAUCAACCUCUGUCUAUUCAGCAUGCUCAAAUGAUGAAUGCUCCAAUGGUUGGCAGUUCAGUGAUGGAGCUUCACUAGAAUUUUAGUAGCUAUAUUGGUUGCCUUCUACAUAUCGCUACAAGCACUUUACCAGAACUGAGGUGCACGGCUGACACUGAAUGUUAUAAUACCAGCUAGAACUAUGCAGAUUGCUCACUGUGUAGGCGCAUUUUUUGGAACACUUGAAAUGUAAAAUCAAGGGAUUUUCUCCAUAACAGAGCUGUUUUGCAAAGAAAUGUUUACAUUUGAGAGUUUAAAGGGUUUUUAUACAGUUAAACACCUAAAUGUAGCUUGCUGAGUGUUUGAUAUGUAAAAUACACUUUACAGGGCGCUCAAUUUUUUUUGAAAAAGACACACUGUUUGCAAACUCAAUCCUUGUAUUGUUUUUGCAUGCGGCUUGUUACACGAGGUGUUUUAACGAUACAGGCAGUUUUCUUUUAGUUUAUUGCUGUGACUCAGCUCACAAGGAACAAAAUGUUUCAAGACUACAGAACUGCAGCAUUUCAAAUAAUAGGUAUGACCUGUGAUCAGUUUUGCAGGCAAAUGUGUUGAAAAUGCUUUUAAUGAGCAAACAGGAAGAGAGCAAAAUGUUGCUGGUACAUGUUUUAAAUGAAAAUGAAUUGUAGGUUAGCUAUUGCUAUAAGCCAUUGACACAAAGCUUGGGUAGAGGAUUUGGCUUAUGAAUACACCAUGUUAAAAUAUCACUUUUGAAUAAGGUUUCAAUUCUGCUUCAAAUUCUGAUAGUCUUUUCAGGUUUGUGAAAGACCAUUUGAAGUGUAUCAUGCCAGUGGAAUGUUUGAGGGUCAACAAGUAAUUUUCCUAGGGGUUGCCAAGCUGUUCUGGCCAAAUUACAUUUGUUUCUGCCAUUAGUAAACAAAACUUUUGGAAAAUAACCACAGAACUAAUAAACUAAUAUUUAUCAUUCAAUUCAAUUGAAAGUUCAAUUGAAAGCAAAGCAGCCAUUUUACCCUAUGAUAGUGCCAUUUAAGUUUUGAUGUCUUAAUUUAUACAGCAAAAUGAUCCAAUAGCCCAAAUUCUAAAUGAACAAACGUUUAAAAGAGUUCCCAUGGUUCAAUCCAGCACUGGUUUGGGAUUGGGAAUUAUUACAUUCUAGACUUGGGUUACCAACUUGUGAAGAUGGAAUUGUAGACCAAUUGUUUAGCCUGCUAGCAGGUACUAGCAGCAGAAGAUUGAGUAUAAUUGUGCAAUAUUAAGCUGAUUUCUGUAUUUGACACUAGCUUGUCACAGUACAUCCACAAAACAAUUGACAUGGACUUGUUACCUUUUUUAAAAAAUAGCUGAUUUGUGUCAAUUUGCGUGUGCUAGUAUUUGUUGCAUCAAAGUUGUCUUUCAGGGAGCAGAAUAACAAAUGAUUCAAAACUUUCUUAGGGCUAUGUGAAUGGUUUCAGGAAGCUUGACUGGCACUUCUUUGUAAUGGGAUGCAAACAUUCCCUCCUGAUAUGUUUCCAUUGGAGAAUUCAUGACAUGUUUGCUCCCAAGUGUUUGCAUGAAUAUUUAAGCCUUUAUAGUGUCUGGAGUGUUUUAAUGUACAAAGAGAUGUGUGUACUUAAGAUUGUAACACAAAUAAAUGUCUCAACUGACAAAAAA